AUGGAGAUCCGGCAGCACGAGUGGCUCUCGGCCUCCCCGCACGAGGGCUUCGAACAGAUGAGGCUCAAAAGCCGCCCCAGGGAACCCUCGCCCAACCUGACCCGAGUGGGCGCGAACUUCUACAGCAGCGUCAAGCAGCAGGACUACAGCGCCAGCGUCUGGCUCCGGAGGAAAGAUAAGCUGGAACACUCCCAGCAGAAGUGCAUCGUGAUCUUUGCCCUGGUGUGCUGCUUCGCCAUCCUGGUCGCACUGAUAUUUUCAGCCGUGGACAUCCUGGGAGAGGAUGAAGAUGGGCUUUCGGAAAAAAAUUGUCAAAAUAAAUGUCGAAUUGCCCUGGUGGAAAAUAUUCCUGAAGGCCUUAACUAUUCAGAAAAUGCACCAUUUCACUUAUCACUUUUCCAAGGCUGGAUGAAUUUACUCAACAUGGCAAAAAAAUCUGUUGACAUAGUGUCCUCCCAUUGGGAUCUCAACCACACUCAUCCAUCAGCAUGCCAGGGUCAACGCCUUUUUGAAAAGUUGCUCCAACUGACUUCACAAAAUAUUGAAAUCAAGCUAGUGAGUGAUGUAACUGCUGGUUCAAAGGUAUUAGAAGCCUUGAAAUUAAAGGGGGCUGAAGUGACAUACAUGAACAUGACUGCUUACAACAAAGGCCGGCUCCAGUCUUCCUUCUGGAUCGUAGAUAAGCAGCACGUGUACCUCGGCAGUGCCAGUUUAGACUGGAGAUCACUGGGACAGAUGAAAGAACUGGGUGUCAUAUUUUACAACUGCAGCUGCCUUGUCCUGGAUUUACAAAGAAUAUUUGCUUUAUAUAGUUCAUUAAAAUUCAAGAGCCGAGUACCUCAGACCUGGUCCAAGAGACUUUAUGGAGUGUACGACAACCAAAAGAAAUUGCAACUUCAGUUGAAUGAAACCUACUCUCAAGCCUUUGUGUCGAACUCUCCCAAACUUUUUUGCCCAAAGAACAGAAGCUUUGACAUUGAUGCCAUCUACAGUGUGAUAGAUGAUGCCAAGAAAUUUGUGUUCAUAGCUGUAAUGGACUACCUGCCUAUCUCCAGCACAAGUUCCCGAAGGACUUACUGGCCAGAUUUGGAUGGCAAAAUAAGAGAAGCAUUAGUUUUGCGAAGUGUUAAAGUUCGACUUCUUAUAAGCUUCUGGAAGGAAACUGAUCCCCUUACAUUUAACUUUAUUUCAUCUCUUAAAGCUAUUUGCACUGAAAUAGCCAACUGCAGUCUGAAAGUUAAAUUUUUUGAUCUGGAAAGAGAGAAUACCUGUGCCUCAAAAGAACAAAAAAAUAACACCUUUCCUAAAUUAAAUCGCAACAAGUACAUGGUGACUGAUGGAGCGGCUUAUAUCGGAAACUUUGAUUGGGUAGGGAAUGAAUUUACCCAGAAUGCCGGCACAGGUCUUGUUAUCAAUCAAGUAGACGUGAGCAAUGACACGAGCAUCAUCAAGCAACUGAAAGAUGUCUUUGAAAGGGAUUGGUAUUCACCCUAUGCCAGAACCUUACAGCCAACCAAACAGCCGAACUGCUCAAGCCUGUUCAAACUCAAACCACCCUCCAACAAAACUGCCACACACGAUGCAAGCAGGAGGGAUCCGUGAGUGCGAUCCUUGAAGGGACAGCAUCGGAUUUCAUAUUUCCGUAUAUAAAGGAUUUGAACAGAGGAAAACAAUUUAAUAUGUCCUUUUCUUAGGGAAAAAGCACACUUAUUUUAAAUGUUCUCGGAAGUACAUGUAACAUCUAACAAUAUCUUAGCACCAUGUACACUAAACUUAAGACUUUUAUAUUGUUAACUUUGGCAAUAUCCUUUCAGCUUAGAAGGUAGUUCUUAUGUUUGCGUACUGACUUUAAAACUUUGAUUCCUCUUCCUUUCUAGUUUGAGAACUUCUCCUGCUGAUUCACCUAGUCAAUUUUUAGGAAACUUUAGCCUGAGGUAAACUCUUUAACACCAGACCAAGAACUGCUAACUUAGAAUCAGUGAGGAUUUUGCCUUGUGGAGGAAACUUAUAAAAGCAAGUGUUUUAUCCUUGUAAACCACCUCCAAGACCUCUCCAGUCUUCUUAGCAUGAAAAAACAUGUCAUGCCAGCUUUCAAAACUAUUUUAAAAUAACCUUUUGCCUCCUUGUUCAGAUUUUACUAAUACCAUAGCAUACAUUUUAUAUCAUUUCACUUGUCACAAAAUGUCCUUUUUAUAUAGCGCCUCUGUCUUCACCUAAACAUUAGUUUCAAGUAUGAUCAUAUAUUUCGAAAAUGUAUGCGUUGCCCAGAAUGAAUAUAAAAUGAAAAUUAUCAUCUUCCACUUUCCAACUAUACUUUCCCUUCAACUAUUCUUUCACCUUCCAACUAUACUUUCCCUCUAUCAAAUUGGUAUUUUAAAAAACAGAUCCAGCAAUAUGUGUAGCAUUUUCUUUUCUUUAAAACUCUGGAAAAAAUAUGUAGCCACCUGCUAAUAUCCAACAAGCUACUAAGUCUGCAUACUGAGAAUAAAGUUUCUCAAACUUAUUUUACUUAUUUAAUGGUAUUUUAAAGGAAAGCACUUUAUGCAUCAGUAGGUUUUAAUUCUCUAGAAUCAAGCUGUUAAGAGGAUGCCAGCAAAUGUUUAUAGAGCUAUUUAAUAUACUUCUGCUAUUUAAUAUACCAAAUGCUUUUCAGAAAAAAAUGCAAUUUAGAUACUCUGCUUAACAUAUUUUAUUAUUAAGAAACAAAAGUAUUGAUUGAAUUAUUGUUCUAUAAUGUGUAUUGUUGUUUUCUAUCAAUACAAUGUAUACUUCUAGAAUGAACAUCGUUGUUACAUGAGAGAGAGGCAUGGCCUUUUCAGUGUCGAGCCAGAGGGUUAGGAUGCUCAAUCCUGACAUUACUCCGGAUGCCCCUGUAGCCUAAAAUGAAGUCCUUCCAGACUUGGCCUUGAUUUCUAUUAAUAAUGUAGGAACAGUUAUGCUUAUCUACCUUGCAGAGAUGUUGUGGAGGUAGAACAUAUUUAUAACGUGUUUUGAAAUCAAAAGAUCCUAUAUAAAUGCUAAGCAUUAUUAUGUAUACUCUUUUUCUCAGAAUAAUCUUUGUGGUGUCCUAAUAGAAUCAACACCAGGUCCUCCCCAAGAACUUAAAGGGAAAAGCAAAUCCGCAGCUUCCAGCUGCCAAUGAGGAUAAAAUGAACACAAAAACUGGGAAGAGAUCUGGACCAUCUUUAUCAAUGGAACAUUUUGUCAGAUCAAUUUGUCAUAAAUAACAUCAACAUUUAACCAGACCUCAUACCAGGGAUUGUUCUUUGAACCAGCAUACACAUGAAUUUUCAGAGACAGGAAAGCAGUCUCAUAUAUUUCCCCGAGAGACUUGAUUUUUAAUCUGCCAAAGAAGAAUGAAGAAGGACCCAGGAAUCCUAUGCAGUGGAUUCAUGUAGUGCAGAAUGGCGAUUUCUGGUGAUUUAAUUAUCAGAUAACUUCCUGUCUUGUUGUUUGUAAAUAUUGCUUUACUAGCUCUCUCAUCAGCCAUUGCAGAGGGCCACACAGGGCUGUAUUUUUAAGGGGAGCAUUUUUUGUGAAUUUCUGGAGAUUUCUCAUUGAUAUUCUUCAUCAAGAAAUGGCCAGGUCAGAAGACACUAAAUAUUUAGCACAUAUUCUUUCUUGCUGGAAUAAGAAGUGAUCCUGCCAAUCAUCUAGCAUAAUAAAGCUUAUUUUUGUGAUCAUUGGGGUGGGGGAUGGGGAUAAAGAGUGCAAAGGUUAGGAAUGAAGACAACCAGGCCAAGUUGGCUCUUGGAAGCAGAAAGGCAGUCUAGCAGGAGGGUGAGAGGGACAUCUAAAGGGAGAAGAGAUGGUUGUGCCCUUUUUAGCGUUCAAGAUCUCUCCUCGAGGAAUAGAGCCUUGAGAAAAGGGUAAGCUUGGUGUAAUGGGCCCUUUAAUUGUCACUAAUGUUUGCAUGGGACAUAAGAUAACUUUGUCCUUUAUGAAAUGGCCAUCACUGCCAUUUUCUUCCAAGCCCCAGAAGAAUGGUAGCACUAGGAACAGUGUCCCAAGAUUUCCUGCGAUUCACCCCCAGCAGCAAAGCUCGACUCCACUCGACUCAGCCCAGCAUGGGCCCUCUUCAGGACAGGUUAGGCAGCAGCUACCAAACCACUGACUCCCUGAGGCAAUGCGGGCCUUUUAUGUGUGCAUCAGGAAAAUGGCCUCUGUGCAGAGUGUCACAAUGCGACUGUGUCCGGCAUUUCAUCCUGCUGAUUUUUUUUAAAAUUUAGAUCAUUUGUCUAUCACUGUAGAGGUAAUCUUCCUCUCUUAGAAUUAUGUCUAUGCUAAUUGAACUACCAACUUCCAAUUUUACCCCUCUAAACAUCCCAGGAAUUGUUUUUCAAGAAGUAAAAUAACAAAACAAAAAUACCACAAUCUGAAACUAUAUUCAUAUGUCUGUGACACAAAAUGAGGAGGAGAAGGGUAGUUACUAACCCCCUGCCUCCCCUCCACAUAGACACACCAGGAAUCAUUAUGACCGAUGGAAGAACAGGCAUAACAAAAGCCAUCUGAGCCUCUAGGAGUGCUGGUGGCAGAGUGGUUAUGCACUGGGCUCCUAGCCACAAGGUCAACAGUAGGAGAACCCCAGCAGCUGGGGGGACAAAGAUGAGGCGUCUACCCAUGUCAAGAGUGACAGUCUUGGAAGCCCACAGGGGCAGUUCUACCCUGUCAGCUAGGGUCACUCUAAGUCACAAUGGACUCGAGGGGUAGUGAGCUUGUUUUGAAUUUUGAUGUUAAUCUAGUGCCUUUAUUCUCAAGCAAUGAUUUUUAACAGUGAUCCCCUCUAGGAAACUUAGUCUGUUUCUGUGGAGUCCAAUAUGACUUGAUGGUGGGUCCUCUGGUCAAAAACUUGCAUAUGUGCACCAACUAUUUCUACAAAGCCUGUCGCCUUCCCAAGCCCUAUAACCUUGAUCACCUCUGAAUCCAAUCAUUGUCAAAUAUGCUGUGGCCUUGACAUUGUCAUGACAUUGUCCCUGACCACUGUUUUCCAAAUGAUUGGCUCACAGCUCUUAUCAACAUGCUGGGUCAGAUGUGGAACAUUCUAACGUAAUGUUCAUGAGGCUUUAGUGCGGUUAAGUACCUGAAAAUGAUACAAUUGAGGCACCCUGGAAAUGUCCCCACUGUCUUUGAAAACCUAGUAAAUAGAUUCUUCGUGCUGUGGAACAUAGAAUGAAAAUCAUUAUCUUAAAGAAUGUCAAAUCUGAUUCCGUGAAAAGAGCAAAAGGUUGCAUCUGUGUAGCACCAAGAGUUUGUGCCACUAGUGCUGUAUCCAUGCUGUGUUUCACCGCUGAUUUGGUUACUAGUAAAAUGGGUCUAAUCAUAUUUCUUUUGUCUUACCCUUUGAGAAAUAUGCAGUUACUGGGUGGCUGAAAGUGCCUCGCUGAACCUGGGACUAAAAAACAAAGCUCAUUUCCCGCCAGCCUGUGACUGUUUUCAAAUGGUUGAUGCAUUCUUAGUUUCGUGUUUGUUUUGGAAACCUUUUGGAACUAAAUUCCAAGGGAGAAAAAUAAAAAGACUCUACAAAUUUCUUAAGACCAGACCCGGGAUCCAUCUGUCUCAGGAAUCCAAUCCCAGAAUCUGCCUUUUUCUCUUGCAUAUGCGUGUUGGUGUAAAUUUUUCUGUCCAAAAUAUGUCUCAUUAUUUCUACUGCUUAAGGAAUGUGACAAGCUGCCUUUUCUCUCCAUAGAGCAGUCAGUGUCUGCCGUGAAACACAUGUUGCUGUGGGCUAUUCACACUCGGGCCCUGAUAGAAAGCUUCUCGUCUUGUGGAUGAAUGUUCAGUUCUCUCUUUUGUUUUCUCAUCUUAUUUCCAAUGAAUUGGUACACUUUAUUAUAAGUUAUUUGAAGGACAAAAUUAAAAUAACUUCCAUUUGGCCAAUGAUAGGUUGGAUAAAUGAGUUCAUAUCCAGACAUUUCUUCACGUAUUAUAAGUUAGUAUAUUUCCCUCUCUUUUUAUAUGUUGAUAGCAAAAUGGUGGUUUAGCAUUUUUCUCUUAUUCAUUUAAGUUGGUAGAGAGGACUUGUAACAUCCCGAGAGUUGACUCCAAUUCACAACCUAGCUUUCCCAUUUCAGAGAAUUCCAAGUAUAGCUGAAUAUGAAGAUACAAUUUAUUAUGAUGACUCAAUAGGCAUUUUUCAGAUGCUUCUUAAGACCAUGUAAUAGGAAUUUGCCUCUUUUCUCUUUAAUCCAUUAGGAGUCCUGCACGUAGAGAAUUAUACAGAGUCACUAAUCAUUUAUACUUCUUUAGACAAUUUGAGGAAGCAAUAUGAGCUUUAAUAGACUAUUACACAUUUUCUGCUGUGUUAAAUGGUUGUUGUCAUUCUGUUGUUAGGUGUCAUCAACUCAGCUCCAACUCAUAGUGCCCCUGUGUACGAUAGAGCCAAACACUGUCCAGACCUGUGCCGAUAGAGCCAAACACUGUCCAGACCUGUGCCGAUAGAGCCAAACACUGUCCAGACCUGUGCCGUCCAUGCUCAACUACUAACCUUCCAAUUGUGUUAUAAAGGCUAUCUUGAAUGUCUACUUCUUCUUUAUAUAAAUAGGGUUGGGUUGUACCUGGACAUAUCUACAUUAUUAAUUCUAUAUUACUAAAAUAAGUGGGCAUAAUGAAGGGCUGAAUUUGGGGAAUUAUCAAAAUCCUCAAACCUUUCAUAUAACUAAAUGUCCAUGUUUUUUCAGAAGUCAAUAUUAUCUGGCAUUUUCAUAUUGUAAGAUGAGAGUUUUCUUUUUCUCUCAUCUUAAUAUCAAAAAUAAACCAUUCUCUUAUCAAUAACCAAGUUGCAUCAUGGUGGAGUGAGUAAAGAAAUGGAACUAGCCCAAUGGGCUACAGUUCUGCUGCUUUGUAUGUUAUCCAAGGGGUCCUCUUUGUAACCCUAUCCCUGUCUUUAUGGGGAAAAUAAUUAUUUGUCUCCAACAUGUAUUUGUUUUGAGUAAAUAAAUAUUUGGUGUUUUAUUUUUGUUUCUCAGUAAAGGAACAAUUAUAGAGCCCAAAAGGUGUUCAUGGAACUACAUGUUCAGCUUCUUAUCACAUUUACCCAUUAAAUCCUAUUAUUUCCAUGCCUAAAUCCUUAAUAAAAUAUGCCUGGUGUUUGUUCAGUC